GUAAUUUGCGGCAAAAAUACCUAAGUUUUAUGCCGAGUAGCAGAUUAAUACCUAAGUCCUAUUUUUGGCGGUAUAAAUACCUUCCGUCACUACUCUGGAACUUCCGUAGGUACCUCUCCGUUUUUUGCAUUGUAAUGUGCCAGGUGUCGUGCCAUGUCAUUAAAAUUUAUGCCACAUCAAAAUAAAAAUACCCUCUUAAAAUAAAACCCUAAGAUUAAUUAAACCCUCUUAAAAUCAAAAUAAAAAUACUUAGAAAAAAACCAGAAAAAUAAAAAAUAAAUAAAUAGUUUAUAUAACUCAAACCUAAAUAAUCUGAGGCUAAACUUUUCCACUUUUCCACCAUUGUUGUAAGCUCGAAGGUGACAGUGAGGCAAUGGGACGGUGGUUUUGCGAUUGUAAACCACCAUUGGAAGUUGCGAUUCGCACCUCUAAGACGAUGAAGAAUCCUGGGAGAAGGUUCAAGUGCUGCCCAAUCCAUAAGAGGAAUGGUGGGUGCGAUUUUUUCGAGUGGGUUGACAGGGAGAUGUUUCGAAAUUGUGGAGGUGGAUGUUGUAUCCAUGGAGAUUGGAGUGGGCAUGAAGUUUCGAUGGGGUACUGUUCUGUGCAUCAACAAAGAACAGCCCCUUGCAGCCAUGGAGUUUGUACAAAUGGAGAUGUUCCUACUCAUUGUAGUAGUCAUCACAGUCAUGCACCUUUGGAAGAUUAUAAUGAAAGCACAUCUGCAUUUGAAAGGGGAAAAUAUAAUUAUUGGAUUUGGUUUUUAGGUUGUGUAGUUAUAGUUGUACUCUAUGUAAUGUUGUUCUGAAAUGAAGAAGGUUAAGAAUUGUACUAGAAACCUUUAAUGUAUGAAUGAAUGACUCUUUUAUGUAUGAAUGAAUUACUCUUUUUUAUUAAGU